ACUCCAGCUCCAGUGGAUACACCGAGCCAAGCUCAGCUAAAAACUCCAAAUCAAAACCAACACUUAUCCCAAAAUAUACACAAAUACCCGAUAAACAUGAAGUGCAUCAUCUGCAUCGUUGCGAUCUCCGUGAUCUUCGGUCUAAGCCUGACCCAGGCAGCACCCAUCGCUGAAAAUACACAGGAUCCAGGAUUCGUUUCGGCCACGGACAUUACCGGAGAACCGGUGCGCCAAAAGCGAGCCAGUGCGGACUACUACCAGGGCGACUACUUCAUCUGCUAUCCCAAGAGCGCGGUCUACGGCAAACACGGAUACGGUGGCCCCAAUCGCAGGUCCUACGACUCCGAGGACUAUGCCCCCCACUACCUGGCCGACGAUCCUUUGGCCGUUCGCCAGGCUCGGGCUGAUGCCAGACGCGCCGCCUACACCGACAGCUUCGGCAAAUAAAUCUGGAGCUGCCACUUAGUCACUUAGUCUGUGGAAAGACUGUGGAAAAGCUGGGAAAGUGAACAGGGCUAGCUGUAAGGAUGUACAAAUACUAUUACUAUUAUUUAUUGAACGCAAAUAAACUGAUC